CAGGUUUGGGCAGGCUCUUUAUAAAGAUUCCAACCACAUUUCUGUUCAGAAGACUAAAGCUUCCAUCAGGAAUCUCUGCGCUCUUUGAAGGCGUCGUCACAUCACAGAAUGGCCUCCUGGACUGUGGGCAAACUCCUGAUCUGUGCCGUCCUCGCGGGACACGCAUCAAAGGCUCAGGAUUGUGGACUUGCGCCUCUGAACACGAGAGUCGUGGGGGGGGUGAACGCAGCAGCCGGGUCAUGGCCUUGGCAGGUCAGCCUGCACACCGUUUCCGUUAACUUCCACGUCUGCGGGGGGACACUGAUCAGCGCCCAGUGGGUUCUGACGGCAGCACACUGCAUGGUGAUAACGACACCUGGUGCUUGGGUCGUCUACUUGGGAAGAGAGACUCAAGCUGGCCCAAACGUUCACGAGGUAAGAAGCACCGUGUCCCAGAUCGUCGUCCAUCCGGACUACAACAACACCCUCUUCAACAACGACGUCGCUCUGAUGAAGCUCCAAACUCCCGUCGUAUUCAAUGACUUCAUCAGACCCGUCUGCCUGGCGAGUAGCGCCAGCCAGUUCCACACCUCCACCCCCUGCUGGGCCACCGGCUGGGGCCGACUGGGAAGUGAUGUGUCCUUACCAGCAUCUCAGCCGCUGCAGGAGGUUCAGGUUCCCGUCGUUGGAGGAAACCAGUGUGCUUGCAAUUACCGCCCGGUGGCUGGAGUGAAAAUCACCAACGAAAUGAUUUGCGCUGGAGAAGAGAACAAAGGAGUUUGCCAGGGGGACUCUGGUGGUCCUUUGCAAUGCAAACAAGCCUCAAGCUGGAUCCAGGCGGGCAUCACCAGCUUCGGAGUACCGUGCGCCAGGGCUGGUUUCCCUGAAGUCUAUGCCCGAGUAUCUCAGUUCCAGACUUGGAUCACAGAUCAAGUGGGGGGGGCGAACGUCGGCUUUGUGACGUUCGUGUCCAACGGCACCAACGCUGACAACAACUUUGUGUGUCGCAGUUCUGGAUAUGUGACCACCCCCAAACUUACAUUUGUCAUCAUUUUAGCGGCAAUGUUCCUGCAGAACACUGUGGCACAAUAGCAUAGUCCCCCCCCCCCCAAUUUUUUUUUUAAUUCUUCCUUUCUUGUAUUGCAUCAUAUUUGUAUUUCUAUGUAUGGCAUCACAGUGGAGUUUGAAUUGUCAAAGUUUCACCACACAACAGCGCACUCUUUUGAAUGUUUUGGGGGUUGCACUUAUACCUUUCCUAUUGACCUAUUUUAAAAAGGUAACACACACUUCAUUUAUCACAUAUUUUCAUGCAUUGAAGUUAGAUUCCCGAACACACUGGACAAUGUAAACCUCAUUAACUUGUCAAAGUCACUUCUACAUUCUUUGUAACUUGAUGCUUGCGGUCCUGUGACUGUCACUAAAAGCUCACCGAAAAAAAUGCUAUUUAAGUGAGUAAAAUAGGCCAAUUCCUUCUUUUAUAUUUUCAUUUAUUAAGUAUUUAGUUAGCCAAUACAAAUUGUUUUCAGAAGGUUAAACCUUUGUUUCUUCCUAAUGAGUCUAGUACUUGACUUGCUACUUUACAACACUUGAUCUAAGGUAAUAAUAUGGUCAAUGAAGAGGAAAUAGUAAUUUACAGUAAAUGACUCGCCCUCCUCGGCAAUGUGGGGAUUGAUUCACUGCUUGGGUUCAAAGAAUGAAAUGUUUCUCAACUAUAUUUUAUUUUUAUUCAUUUUAAAUGUAAUUUCUGAAAAUAAAAACACAAUUUGAGCUUGCUUUUACUAUAAAGAUUAG